AUGGGUGGAUAUUUGUCUCAUUUGACGCCAGAAGUAGCAACUCACACAUUGGAUGCCUCAUGUGGGCCAAUUCGUGGCAAUAUUUACAAACAUGGAGACAAAAUCGUUGAAGGCUAUCUGGGAAUUCCGUUUGGAAAGCCGCCCGUUGGAGAAUUGAGAUUUGCGAAACCAGUGCCAUGUGAUAAAUGGGAUGAAGUCAAAGACUGUACUUCAUAUGCUCCAAAAUGUCCGCAGAAUAUUUUGAAUCCGCUACAUCCUUCCAACGUUUCGGAAGAUUGUCUAGCCCUGAAUGUAUUCCGACCGGCUUGGGAAUCAACAGAAUUCGCUUCGCAAGGAAGGCCAGUAAUGGUUUACGUUCACGGUGGAGCGUUCGAAUUUGGAGCUUCAUCGGAUUAUUGCGCUUAUUCAAUAACUGGAACGCUGCCGUUAAAGGAUGUGGUUUUUGUAACAAUACACUACCGAUUAAGCGUUUUUGGAUUUUUAACAACAGGCGACGAGAAUUGUAAAGGAAACUUUGGUCUUUGGGAUCAAACGUUAGCUUUAAAAUGGAUUCAACAACAUAUUAAAUCGUUUGGUGGAGAUCCAAACAAUGUUACCGUGUUUGGGCAAAGUGCCGGCGGUGUGUCCGUCGAUUUUCUUUCCCUCAGCCCUCAUUCUAGAGACUUGUUCCAUAAAAUGAUACCAAUGUCUGGAGGUGCUGGAUGCGAGUUUGCAAUGAGAACUGCCGAGAGGCAGGCUCAAGUAUUUGUUGAAUAUGCCGAAUUUCUGGGAUAUAAAGGAUCAGGCGACAGCAAAGAUCUCCUGGAAUGGUACAAAUCAGCACCAACAGAAUUGCUCGCGAGUCAUAAAACGUUUAAUAGGAAAACUGUUUCCGGUUUUCUCACAUUUGCUCCAAAUAUGGACGGCGACUUCUUUCCAAAACCAUUAGAGCAACUUAGAAAAGAAGCUCCAAAAAAACCAGCGAUCGUCGGAAUAUGUGAACAAGAAGGACUUGUGCUAUGCUACUUUAUCGCUCAGAAUCAAGGAAAUACGUAUGAUAUGUUCAAAGGCAAAGUGCAACAAACAUUUGGGGAAGACAUUUUCGAUAAUCCGGAGCAAAUCCAGCAAAAAGUUGUCGAUUACUAUAUGAAAGGAAUCGAUCGGACAAAUGAGGAGGAAGUCAAAAAGGGUUUCUCUGCAUUUAUUGGUGACGCGCUAUUCAACCAAGGCGUUUUUGAAAUGGUCCAAGAUCUUACCAAAAAUGGAAAUCAAGUCUUCUAUUACAACUUCCGAUAUUUCAAUCCGGAAAGCUUUGGAAUUUUGGAAUCAUUGAUUCCAUUUAAAGCUGCUACUCAUUGCACAGAUCUUCGUUAUGUACUUGGAGAAGGAGUUUACAGCAAGUUCGAACCAAAUGAGGAUGAAUACAAAGUUCUUGAAUUCAUGACAACCACUUUCACCAAUUUUGCGAAGACUGGAAAUCCCGAAAACCCUGACUGGCAGCCAUACAGUUUGGACAAGCCGUACACCCGAUUCUGUAUUAAUCUUCCAAAGUCUCAUAUGAUUGAUGUAUUUGACAAAGAGGGCCUCAAAUUUUGGAAAGAACUUAACAAGGAGAAUAAGAUGUAUAAUGAAUUGAGAUAUGGAAAAUAA